UACGAGUUGGUCGCUAGCAAAGGAAGCUGUCCAGCGAGUGUUGCUCUCAUCGUAUUUAACAAUUAACUAUUUAAUUUAACAAUUAACAUUACUGAUACGAAUUCCUGUUUAGCAGCUGUGGUAUAACAGUCGUUUCCCGAAUAACAAAUAACAAGAACAAAAAUAACAAAGAUGUCGUGGGACUCGUACGUCAGUGACCAGCUCAUGUCCACCGGCAACCUGACGAUGGCCGCCAUCUGUGGCCACGACGGCCAGGUCUGGGCCUCCUCCAAGGACUUCACGCCCUCACCGGACGAGGCCCUCAAGCUCGUCAAGGCCUUCGAGGACCCCUCGGGCCUCGCAGCCUCAGGUAUGCACAUAGCAGGCACACGGUUCGUGUACCUGAGUGGCACGGACGAGACCCUGCGUGGCAAGAAGAACACGGUGGGCGUGCACGUGGCUAAGACCAAGACCGCUAUCAUCAUCGGGGUCUACGAGGAGCCCAUACAGCCCGGACAAUGUGCUGUUACUGUUGAGAGUCUUGCCGACUAUCUCAGGGGCGUCAACUACUAACAUUACUACCAACAUCACUACUAACAUACUAACAUUACUACCAACAUCAUUAA